AUGGACCCCGUCUUCAGCCGUUCCUUUGAGACCUGGGAGGCUGCGGUUGCGCAUGUCAAGGAGGUCGGGAAGGCCAACGGCUACGACCUCGUCAUACACUCCAAGCGACCCAGAGCCAACAAUUUCCACACAAUCAUCAUGCGCUGCGGCAAAGGCCGGCCCUACAUCUCGUGGGCAAAGGGAGACGUGCACGAGUCAAAGCGAAGGAAGACCACCACCCAAAAGACUGGCUGCCCCUACCGCAUCAAGGUCCGGCUGUGCGAGAACAAGGCUGGAGCCACAGCCGCGCCGGUCAAGGUGUGGUGCCCGGAACGCGUGGACAGCGACAACGCCGGCCAGCAUAACCAUCCACCGCUCGAGCCGGGAGCGACGCCUGGCUUGAGGAAGGACGGCCUCUCGAAGAAGACGGCCGAGAUCAUCUUUGCCUGGAAGUGCGGCAUCAAACCGCCGCAGAUCCUCAAGCAGUUGCAGAACGACCCUGACCCUGAUGUCAGGCUCAUCACGCGGUCUGACGUGUAUAACCUCCUUCGACGACAUCGUCGCGACGAGCAGGAGCUUGUCCCUUGA